GAGAUCUCACAUUGGUGAGAACCUCCUCACUUCUCUCACCCCAUAUGCCUUGAAAACAAAAACCAAACACAUCUCUCUCUCUUUCAUGUGAACAUCUCAAAAAAAAAAAAAGACAAACACGAUGUCUCUGUUUCUUCCUCGUCUCUUCCUCCUCCUCUUACUCUCCUCCGCCUCCUUCCGCCACGUCACCGCCGACGAUGAAGACGGUGAUGACGUCAGGGUCGACCCGAGCCUCCGGUUCGAGAAUCCGAAGCUCCGUCAAGCCUACAUUGCUCUCCAGGCGUGGAAGCUCGCCAUUUUCUCCGACCCUUUUAACUUCACAGCCAACUGGAACGGAUCCGAUGUCUGUUCUUACAACGGAAUCUUCUGUGCUCCUCUUCCUUCCGACAACAAGACACGUGUCGUCGCCGGAAUCGACCUCAACCACGCCGACAUCGCCGGUUACUUGCCGCCGGAGCUCGGCCUUCUCACCGAUCUCGCCCUGUUUCACCUGAACUCGAACCGGUUCUGCGGCGAAGUCCCCGACACGUUUAAGCGUAUGAAGCUUCUCUACGAACUCGAUCUAAGCAACAACAGGUUCGUGGGUAAGUUCCCUGAGGUUGUCUUGUUAUUACCCUCGCUUAAGUUCUUGGAUCUUCGUUACAACGAGUUCGAGGGCAAGAUUCCGGCGAAGCUGUUCGAUAAAAAGCUCGACGCGAUCUUCCUGAACAACAACCGAUUCAGAUUCGGAAUCCCCGAGAACAUGGGAUACUCCCCUGUUUCAGCUCUUGUCCUGGCGAACAACGACCUCGGAGGGUGUAUCCCUGGGAGUAUCGGUCUCAUGGGCAAAACCCUGAACGAGAUCAUCCUCUCGAACGAUAACCUAACCGGCUGUUUGCCUCCUCAGAUCGGAAAUCUCAAGAACGUUACUGUUUUCGACGUCAGCUUUAACCAUCUCCGUGGUCCGAUCCCUGACAGUAUCGGGAACAUGAAGAGUUUGGAGCAACUCAACGUUGCGGACAAUGCGUUCACGGGUUCUAUCCCGUCCACGAUUUGUCAGCUGUCGAGGAUCGAGAAUUUCACGUACUCUUUCAACUACUUCACCCGAGACGCGCCUCGAUGUGGUUCGCUGUCUGGCCCGAGGGUUGUGGUUAAUGGUACGAGGAAUUGUAUUCGUGGAAAGCCGCUUCAGAGACCAGCUCGGGAGUGUUCUUCUUCGGAGGCCAGACCGGCGGAUUGUUCCAAGUUCGGAUGUAAUAACAUGCCGUCUCCUCCUCCUCCUUCUUUCAAGAUGUCUCCUUCUGUUAGAACGCUUCCUCCGCCGCCGCCGCCGAAGUACGGAUCAACUCCUCCUCCUCCUUCGUUUAAGAUGUCUCCUUCUGUCAGAGCUUAUCCUCCUCCUCCUCCGCCGGAGUAUAAGCCUCCGACGCCGUCUCCUCCUUCUUCCGGUAUGUCGCCGUCGACGAGAACCUACCCUCCUCCGCCGCCGCAGAAGUAUGAGACUCCGUCGCCACCUUCUUCCGGUAUGUCGCCGUCGACGAGAUCAUCCCCUCCUCCGCCGUCUCCUUCUUCCGGCAUGUCGCCGUCGACGAGAACCUACCCCCCUCCGCCACCGCCGCCUCAGAAGUAUGAGACCCCGUCGCCUCCUUCUUCCGGUAUGUCGCCGUCGACGAGAUCGUACCCUCCUCCUCCGCCUCCAUCUCCGACUUAUGUCUACUCAUCUCCGUCGCCCCCUCCGCCGGUGGUUUACUAUCCACCAGUGACGCAGAGUCCGCCGCCGCCUCCGGAGUGUAAGCCGACACCUUCACCUAGCGAAUAUUACCCAUCUCCGUCACCACCACCACCGUCGUAUCCUCAAUACACAUCUCCUCCUCCUCCGCCUCCGCCGUCGCCGCCACCACCACCGGAAUACUACCCACCCACCGUACAAAGUCCUCCCCCGCCGCCUCCGGUCGAGUAUCACCCACCGGAAAACUCAAGCCCACCACCGCCGGUAUACUAUCCACCCACCGUACAAAGUCCUCCUCCUCCACCGCCUCCGGUCGAGUACCACUCACCGGAAAACUCAAGCCCACCACCGCCGGUAUACUCUUCACCAUCACCGCCGGAAUACUACCCACCCACCGUACAAAGUCCUCCUCCGCCGCCUCCCUACCACUCACCGGAAAACUCAAGCCCACCACCGCCGGUAUACUCUUCACCAUCACCGCCGGAAUACUACCCACCCACCGUACAAAGUCCUCCUCCGCCGCCUCCCGUCGAGUACCACCCACCGGAAAACUCAAGCCCACCGCCGCCGGUAUACUCUUCACCUCCGGUGGAAUACUCUUCACCACCACCACCGGAAUACUACCCACCCACCACACAAAGUCCUCCUCCGGCUCCGGUCGAAUACCACCCCCCGGAAAACCAGACCCCACCACCAGAAUACCAUUCUCCACCGCCGUCGAGUGGCUGCAACGAAGGCCAUGGUCCACAGCCUCCUCCGAGCCACGACCGAGACCAUAGCCAGCACCAUUACCCAACACCAUCACCACCACCACCAUUGACUCCACCUGAGUACUCAUACUCUUCACCACCUCCGCCGUCCCCUCCGCCGCCGUCGUACGAUGACUCGCCGCUUCCACCAAUUCCCGGCGUCUCGUACGCAUCUCCUCCUCCGCCGUAUAUUCCUUACUAGUUUAAAGUGAUCGAUCAACACCACCAUGGGAACUUCUGCAAAAUGCGUUGUCUUUGUGAGAGAGAAUUAGUGCACAUUGGUAUAUUCUUUUGGCUGCAACGUUAACGUAUCUUGUGUGUUUGGAACAACAUUUCUAUGUAUUUUUAUUUUUUCUUAUCGAAUGUUUUGUAACUUAUAUAUAUAUAUACGUAUUUUCCA